AUGUCGCACGUGGUGGUAAUCGGCACGGACUUACGAAGGGCGACCGUCAAGGUCAGCCCGGGCACGUACUUGACAGAAGUUUUGGAACAGGCCUGCAAGAAGCUCAACUUGUCGAGUGACAAAUACUUGUUGAAGCACAAGCAGAAACAGGUCGAUCUGUCCGUCGUCUGGCGAGUGAGCGGCCUUACUCCUGGGGCUAAACUGGAGCUCGUCCAGAAAUCCAACACACCUUCUGUCGUGUCGGUUGCGCUUCAGCUACCCAAUCCUGAAGCAGGUGCUGCCCCAAACGGCCGUUUGAUCGAGAAACUCCCCAGCGAUUUUACUAUUUGGAAAGCCUUACGCCAGUUCGAGAGUGGCGUAGUCAGUCAGGGGAAGAACCUCAACAUCACAGCACGAGGAGUCGCACAAACAACAAGUGGAGGCGCGAGCGGGAGCGGACAGAUGUACUAUGAGACGCCAGUGCUGAACAUUAUGGGUCGGGAGCUAGCCACGUUUGACGACUUCCAGAAGACGCUUUCGCAACUUGGCUACAACUCAGGCAGUGUCUUGAUCCGUUUGUCGUUCAGAAAGACGGAACAGACCUUGUUUGAGGCCAUGGGCCAGAUCAGUCAGUUUUUUACCGAAGUUGAGGCCGAGGCGAAGAAGACAGAGGAGAUGCCUUCCGCUGUGGACGAAACAUCAGAGUCUGCGGUUGUUGAGAUGACUAGCCAGUCUGCAACCUCUGAGGAUGCAGCCGAGGCUCCAGUCGAGCCUCCAGUCGCAGAUGCUUCGGGGGACAAGCCAGGCAACGAAGCCCCAGUCCAAGAGUCGGCAGGCCAAGCGGAACCAGCAUCUGAAGCCAUGGAAGUCGAUAAACCAGACCCGGCAGACCCUUUGCAGCCGGUAAGUGUCUUCCGGGCCCCAAGUGGAACGACACCUGCGGCAGCGCUCGCGGAUGUACCGGAGGACGACUAUGCCCCGACUAUUGCCCACGCACAGUUACACCAAGCUCGACUUCAGAAGAGCGCCCAGAACAAGCGGCUACCCUCUGACAAGGAGCUCGAGGCGCAGAGGCAAGCUGAGGAAGCCCGCCUGGCCGCUGUCUCCAAUGUGCCAAUGAAAGUACGCUUCCCGGACAACACUUCUGCGCAGUGGUCUUUUGGCCACGAAGCCACCGGCGCCACCCUUUACCGAGCCGUCAGGUCUGUGAUGGCGUAUAAUGCCCAGGCCUUCAGGCUGGUCGUGCCUGGCAGCAAGGUGGUCAUCAAAGACGAGGAUAGCCCGAACAACCGCUUGAUCCACGACUACAAGCUCACCCGUAGUGUGCUUUUGAGCUUGGUCUGGGAUGACAGCGUGCCGGCAGAUGUGCGCAAGAAGCCUUUUCUUAAGGGAAGCAUUGCCCAGACGGCUAAGGAAGUAAUGGUACCAGAUAUUCCCAAGGAUAACGACAAUGAGGAAGAGCGUCCCGCAGCGUCAUCGUCCAAGCCGGAGAAAAGGGAAGGGAGCGGCGACGGUAGCGUUGCGAAGAAGCUUCCCAAAUGGCUCAAACUGCCUGGAAAGAAAUAG